AUGCGUCCAUAUUACAAAGCACUUUCUAUUGUUAUCCACAAACUACAAGCAUUCACGGGUACUGAAGCUUUUAGAUCAAGAUUAACUUCUAUUAUCAAAACACAUUUACAUCAAGAGCCUGAAAUCAAUGGCGAUAACUUGAGAAAUACAGAAGCAGAGCGUAAAAAAAUACCUCCAGGUACUUUCGAAGCACUUGACUCCCAGCAUGGUCCCUACUGGACAGGCAACACUGCCAAGCGUCUGAAAAUAAAUGUUCUGUCACUGUACAAGAGCUACUUACAUGACAACUUUGACAGUUUGUUUGAUGAGGUAAAGGAGACGCUUAAUGAACAAACAGAGUCAGAGGAAGGUGAAACAAGUACUCAAUCAGCGGAAGAGCAAGUGAAAGUGAUUGUAGUGCCGCUUGGUCAAUUCUUGCCCCUGCAGCCUGCCAAUUCUCUGAUUUCGUUUGCAUUUUCUCCCUUGUUGUUCAAACGACAGUGA